AUGGAUUCAUCUAGCAAUAUUGGUUCGGAACAAUGCAGUAAGGAAAAGGUUUUCAAGAGCAAAGAAGAAUUGUUCAGCUGGGUUCGGGUUGUUGGAAGGAAAAAUGAUUUUGUGAUUGUCAUCAAGACAUCGGACUAUGGUGGCGAUCAUAGGACACCAAGGAUAUAUAUUGUCUGUGAGAGAAGUGGUCAAUUAAAAAGAGAUGAUUCAAACAAAAAAAUUGUGAAGAUAACAAGUACAAAGAAAUGCGAGUGUCCCUUUGAGUUGAGGGCUCAUAAGUUGAUGACUAAUGAUGCUUGGAUGCUAGAUGUAGCAUGUGGAAUGCAUAAUCAUGCUCCUGCUAAACAUUUUGAAGGACAUUCAUUUGCAGGAAGAUUAUAUGAGGAGAAAACAUCAUUAUUAGUGGAUAUAUCCAAAAGCAUGGUCAGACCAAAAGAGAUUUUGGUUACCUUGAGAUAA